AUGUCCAGUGCGCUGUCAUUACAGACAACACCGCUUACAAGUGCUACGCUUUCCCUUGCUGUUGAAGAGGAUUUGGAGUCACAGGCGCGCGCAUCUCUCAGUCUUUUUGGCUUUGGCUCGCAGGAUUCGAUGAACUGGAGCCCUGUUAGCACCAGUGCGGCAGCUAUGGCCGCAUCUACCAUUGAGAACCCAGGAACAGCCGGUGCAAUCAAGGUCCGCCUCAUGGAGCGCGUGUGCCCUAUUGGCACUAAUGCCUUUCUCUGGAACACGAUGAACUCGCUAGCUAACGGUGGUGAAGGAAAUGACGACCUGGCAAUUGGCACUGCAGACUCAGCGGUAGCGAACGGCAAUGGGAACAAUGACGUUAUUGGAAGUGGCUUAUUGGAAAGCGAUGCGUCGGAUCGGGAUGUCGCGUCGGCAGGAGUGGGCAAUAUGUUCGCGUCAAAAGUCUUGCAGCAAUAUCUCGUAAAGUGUGUGGCUCUUUUGCCCUCGUCGAUUGAGGAGACGGUGGAUCUACUCGUGCGUUCAGACAGACAAGAUAUGGAGCUGCCUAUGCAGCACCUCGUAGGAGCUCGCACGAGUUCAUCAGCCUUUAUCUACCGCCGCUUGAAGAAGCGUUUGCGUCGCAGCAACGGUACUAGUGGUGAAGGCGUUUCCCAGCGUAUGACGUCCCAGACAUCAACUCAAGAUUGCGACAGUGAGUCAUCGUAUUCAGACUCUGAUUUGGAAGUCGUAGACGAUGUGCAGCCUUUUACAUGUGUUAGCCAAGAAUCCACAACUGGACGCGCCCGAAGCACACGAUGUGAAUUUCCUGAUGUUGAUCGAUCAGGAAGUACUGGAGCGAGGUCGGAGCUUUAUUUGUCGUCUACAAAUAUGGAAGAUUACCGUGCAGCAAUGGCAACUUCGGGUCAUCAGGGAAACCUCAGUAUCAAAUGGGUCGUUGGUGAAAAGUCUAGCCGUAUGUUUGCUACGCGGACCACGUACUGCCUGUUGGAUUAUGAGUGCAUUCUGGUGAACGACUGGGAAGAAAAUGCGGAUCCAUCACCAAUGUUCGUGCGUACGCUGCAGUCAUGCUAUAGCUCGCACUGUCAACCGUGGCUGGACGAGGUAGGCUCUAAACCUACGGACCUUCAGCCCACAGGUUUUAUGGUUCGCCAAGCCCGCAAUCAUGAUGGAUAUGUUGAGAUUCAGUUUGUGACUUCAAUUUUGGAAAAAGCGCAGUUGCCUAUGGCAUCUCGGAGAGCAAAGCUGCGAGCAUUGUGCGCUAAAAUUGCACGACUGGAAGAGGUUCUUACUAGUCGGCGUUUAUCGCAGUCCUUGCUUGUGAAAGCACCACAUUGGGUACACAAUUCUGAACGGUUGGGAUGCCGUAUUUGCGAUGCAAAGUUUGGUUUGUCACGUCGUCGUCAUCACUGUCGUCUAUGUGGUGAAAUUUGUUGCUCAGAGUGCUGCCCUAAAAUGGACGUCGCGCUUCCUGAAGUGGGAUCUACAAGUGUACGUGUAUGCAUCGGAUGUGUACAGAAACGCAAAAAGAGUUGUGAAUUAGUAGCGUCUUCGUCUAGUGCCCCGACUAGGGUAUCUACUUUGUCACCGAUAAGAGGUGUCUGUGUAGCUACUCCACCACCAACCGGAUACGCCACGCUACGCUCGGUUUCGUCAUCGCCACCCGAGUGUUACUUAUCUUCUUCUUCAAGCUACAGCUACGCAAGCAGCUUUACCAAGGCCAGCAGCAGCUUAGGUGAGCGUAAACAUUCAUUGGCGUCGUCGGUUUUUCAAAAAAUGAAGAGUAGUUCGAUAAGCUAA